AUGGCUACUACUACUCGUAGUAUUCGAGACCUGUCAGCCAAAUUGCCUCCCACCCAGCUACGCUCCACCAGCUGGGCCGAUGGAACCAACCCCGUGGACCCGUCCACUCGUUCACCCGUGGACCCUGACCUCCUACAGGCCUCCGUGGAAUCGCCCGCCAUCUUCGUUGUCGCGAGUCAUACUUCGCUAUGCUUUGCGACCUUCCUAGUCCCACCCUCCGUUGCGGAGACGGGCAAGUCCACCCUGUUUCAGCGACCCUUCUUCCGUUUGGUCAUCCAAGGUCAGGCCUGGGUUGCCAUGUUCUUCGUCCUGCUAGGUUUUGUCAACUCCCUCAAACCACUCCAACUGGCCCGCUCGGGUGCCGUCUCCGAGGCUCUCGGGUCUUUGUCAACCGGCGCGUUCCGCCGUACCGGAAGAUUGGUAUUUCCCGCUGCGCUGGUGACUUUCCUUACUUGGCUGGUGAGCCAAUUCGGCGCUUUCCAGCUAGCUCGCAGAGUGGAUGCCUUUUGGUUGAGAUCGACGGCGCCGAAACCGAGUGUUUCGCUGGUGGCUGCCGUUGAGGGCCUGGUCCGGGAGUUUGCCGGAACAUGGCUGUACGGUGAAAAUUCCUAUGAUCAGCCUCAGUGGGCAUUGCUUCCGCUAUUUCGCGGGUCAUUGUAUGUUUUCAUGACUCUGCUUGCAUUAGUCAAUACCACGCCUCGGUUCCGACUAUGUGCCGAAAUAUUGCUCUAUGUCUGGAGAUGGGCGACACUACGGAGUGGUGUGGGGAUGAACAUAUUCGCUGGCAUGAUGCUAGCCGAACUCUCCCUCAGUACUAGUAACUGUCAAAUUUCGGCAUCUCUAAAACCCCGAGCAUUAUUUCAGACCAUACCUUACGGUCUUGUCAUUCUCGGUCUUUACCUCUGCUCAUUCCCAGAUGAAUAUGCCGAGCAAGCUGCCUGGUCUUCUCAGCUCGCCCACAUUGGUGAUGCCGUAUUUCUAAAGGGCUCCAACAUGAGCCGUUACUUCGCUAGUAUCGGCGCACAGAUGGUCUGUUUGGGAGCAAUGCUUUCACCCACGCUUCGACGAAUACUCUCAAACCGAGUCUUGCUUUGGCUGGGAUCUAUCAGCUUCCCCUCUACCUAA